UUCAGAUGGAUUCUCGGAAAGACGAAAAUAAGCAGGUUGAGCCUGCUCGCUCUUCCUCCCCUGCCCCGACUCCUAUUCAAACACCUCCGGCACAACAUUCCACUUUUCAAUCAGACUCUUCGAUAAAGUCAAUACAGAAGCCUGUCACUACCAUUAUCGACGAAUCUGACCCAAUCGAGCCUAUAUCAGUAACCGAGAGCUCCCUCGAGAGGGGAAACACUUCUUCCUCAAUCGAGUCUGACCCUUACAUGCUGAAAGGAUAUAUCCGAGAUGAUGUCCAGAGCAAAUUCACUCAGCAAGUGGUCCCAACAAAGGCAGGUCGAAAACAAAGAAAGGUCAAGAAGUAUUACAAUCGUCAAAAUGCUCUCAUUGAUGCCUAUCUCGGCAGCGGCGAGGAAGAACAGUUCGAAAUUGACGACGCACUGAAGAAUGGCGGCAAAGUAAGAUUUGCAGUCAACGCCAGUUUCGUGUGCAACUUUGGCCUUUUCAUUAUUCAAAUGUACGCAGCUGUAUCAACCGGGUCACUGUCACUGUUUGCCACAGCAGCAGAUGCAUUUAUGGAUUUAGUCAGCUCCAUCAUCAUGUUGAUUACGUCUCGAUUGGCAGCUAAGCCCAAUAUGCAGAAGUUCCCAGUGGGUCGCAAGCGAGUUGAGACUGUCGGAAUCAUCCUCUUCUGUGCUCUCAUGACUACGGUCUCUGUCCAGCUGAUCAUCGAGUCUGUUCGCAGCUUGGUGCGUGGUGCUCACGAAUCAGAAGCACUCCACAUUAUUCCAAUUGUAUUUGUUUGUGUCGCAAUCUUUGCAAAAGGAUGCCUUUUCGUCUACUGUUUCAUCUUGAGAAGAUACCCCGCUGCAGGAAUUUUCAUGAUUGAUCAUCGCAACGAUAUCGCAGUCAACAUCUUUGGUUUGAUCAUGUCAGUCGUUGGCAGUCGCUACAAUGUCGUAUGGUUCCUAGACCCUACCGGUGCAAUCUGUAUCGCUUGUUUGAUCUUGUACUCCUGGGCAUCUACUGCUUUCGAGCACAUGUGGUACCUGGUGGGGAAGUCUGCGCCUCAAGAUUUCCUCAACAAGAUGGUGUAUGUGUCUGUCACGCACGACAAGAGAAUUCUGAAAAUCGACACGGUCCGAGCAUACCAUGCCGGUGACAAAUAUUACGCCGAAGUUGACAUCAUCAUGGACCGUAACGAGACACUUCAAGUAACUCACGACGUUAGCGAAACUCUGCAGCGAAAGCUCGAAGGACUGGGAGACGUCGAACGCGCAUUCGUCCACGUCGACUACGAAGAUUCCCACGACAUCGCAACUGAACACAAAGCAUUGUACGAAGUCAAAGUCAAGGAAGAAAAGGAGCCAUUCAUGAAGAGGAUACAACAGAAGUUCAAAUCGAAGUCGAGCGAGUGACAAGGGAAGAGCGUUGAUGAGGGGUUCUGGGUAAAUUAAUGUGGCGACACUGGUUGUCUGCGAGCUGUGAAGCUGUAAAAGUAUUGAUUGUACGAUGAUGCGAAUACUGGCUAUAAUGUUACAAAAGUAUAUAAUGAAAA